GUAGCAGCAUUAAACAACUUGGGCUUUCGGCAGGCACUCUCUACAGUCUCUACAGUCUUUACGUUGCUUUACGACUUUACUAGUUCUUUACUGUUCGGAUUUAAGCAUCCUUUACGUUUUCUCAUAAAAAUCCGUUUAUAUUUAUUCAAUCAUUAUGGCAGAGGAAUAUCUUUAUGGAAUAACUCUUCAAGGAGCCAAUGCCAGCGAGGUUUGGGAUCCUGAGCAUAAAAAUGAUGAUGCAGAUGGUGGUAAUCAGCACUUUGGAGUUGACCAAAAACUCAUUAUCAAAAUGGCUUUGUUGGGACCAGAAGCUAAGGUUGGUGAACUAAAUGUUCUUCAAGUUGAAGCUAUGGGACUGAAGGGAUUAAUAAAAACGCCGAUUGCUUUACUGGAAAGAGGAAAAACCGAACAAAUUAUUUUGGACCUCAGUUUUCCCGAUCCACCAGUAACUUUUUCUUUAGUUAAAGGUAGUGGACCUAUUCACAUAGUAGGACACAAUUUAUUGGGAACACAUAUGGAAGAAUUUGACGACUUGGAGGAGGAGAUGGACGAGGAAAACAUGGAAGACGAUGAUGAGGAAAAGGACACCGAAGUUGACGAGGACGAGGAUGAAGAGCCUAAAAAGAAGAAUGCCAAAAUGACAGCUGCGACUAAAACAAAAAAUCAAGCCAACAAAAACAAGAAAAAAUAAAUAUUAAUAUUUCAACAUCAUUUAUUCAUCUCUGUCUCCCAUAAGAAAAUAUUUAAAAAAAAAACACAAAACACACAUACAUACAUAAAUUUUCAUUUUCUCAUACAUAUACAAAUACGCAUUGACAUAAAUCAACAUAUAUUCUUUUAGACUAGGCUAUAUUGUAAUUUAAAUCCAUUUAAUAAUUAUACAUAUUGUCAUUUGCAUUUGCGCGCGCAUCAACUGUUUUAUUUUUUAUUAAUAUUAUUAUCAUUGUCAUUAUCAUUAUCAUUAUCAUCAACAAUGAUUAUACGCAUCCACGUAUUUCACUACUAAAUAAAUAGCCGCGAACUUUUAAAUGUAAUUUAUGAUAACAAUAAACAAGUUCAUCAGUCAUUUAAAAUUUUAUAAAAUUUUAUUAUUAUUUUUUAAAAAUUAU